CUUUGUUUUUUAGUAAUUGAUCACAUUUGUAUUUAUUUAAUCAAUAGUAUUAAAAAUUGUAUAAAUUAGUGAUAGUCUGAAGAUCAUAUGCUUAAAUUAUUCAUACGUCGUUUAUCUGCUGGUAAAAUGACUUUAUUCACUCAAUGUUUAAAUCCUAUUACGGGUACUGCGACUUGGGAAGAAAAGGACCAAGAUUAUGACUAUCACCAGGAAGUAGCUAGAUCAGCAUUUGCUGAUAUGUUGCACGAUCAUGAAAGAAAUUAUAAAUAUAAUGUAGCACUUGAGGCUGCUAUUAAAAAAAAACAUCAAGCUGGAGAAGAAGCUAAUGUACUUGAUAUUGGUACUGGUACUGGCUUAUUAUCUAUGAUGGCAGCAAAAUGUGGAGCAGAUAGUAUAACAGCAUGCGAGGCUUUCAGUCCCAUGGCUAUGUGCGCUGUAACAAUUAUAAAAGAAAAUGGUUUCGCAAACAAAAUAAAAUUGAUACAUAAACGUUCUACAGAAAUGACAGUGGGUGAAGGUGGUGAUAUGGCUAAAAAAGCAAAUAUUUUGGUGACUGAAGUAUUUGACACUGAACUUAUCGGAGAAGGAGCAUUAUCUACAUUUCGUCAUGCUCAUGAAACAUUACUCGAAAAAGGUAGUAUAAUAAUACCAAAUAGUGGUACUAUGUGGGCACAAGUUGUUGAAAGCAAAUCCGUUUCUGCAUGGAAUAGAAUAGAAUCAAUCAGUGAUACUAGGACUCAAAACACUUUAAUAAAUGCUCCAUUAUGCAUAAAAUCAUGCUCCGGGGCAGCAGCUGUACAUGACAUUCAAUUAUCGCGUCUUCCUCGUGAUGAAUUCAAACCUUUAAUAUCACCACAACCUAUUUUUAGAUUUGAUUGGUCUGGGACUACACCUCUGCAGUUUAAUGAAAAAGUGUGUUUAAAUAUUUUACCAAUUGAUAGUGGUAUUGCUCAUGCUAUAUUUUUAUGGUGGGAUUUAGACAUGGACACAGAAGGAAAGGUUAUAUUAAGCUGUGCACCUGUAUGGGAACAUCCUGAGACCAAAAAUUCGAAACAUAAUAACAUAAAUCUUAAUGAACUAGCUGAUAAUAUUCCAUGGAGAGAUCACUGGAUGCAGUCUAUUUAUUACCUUCCAUCUGAAGUACAAAUAAAUGUUAAUAAUAAGUUUAAUCUUGUUGGCUAUCACGAUGAAUAUUGUUUUUGGUUUGAUAUAAAAAAUGAUCCAAUAUUAGAUAUACCGAAUUGCGAUAGACCAGUAUGUACUUGCAUCACGCACAUUGCUUACUGUAGAACACGCAUAGGGCAAUUGAAUGAUAAGGAACGGAAUAUUAAAUACAUAAAAGCAUUAUCUAAAAAGAUUCAUCCAAAUUCUGUUUGUCUCUGUUUAUCAGAUGGAUGCUUAUUAGGCCUAGCUGCUGCACAACUAGGUGCUAAAAAAAUAUAUGUAUUAGAAACAAAUAUAUUGUCUCGAAGAACUAUUGAAAUGUUUAUAAAGACAAAUAAUCUUGAAGAAAAAGUAGAAAUUGUAACAAAAGAUGAUUUGCCGCCAGUUAUUAAAGUAGAUUUAAUUUUUGGUGAGCCAUACUUUAUUAGCUCCAUCGUACCAUGGGAAAAUCUUCGAUUUUGGUAUCUUGCUUCACAAUACUCAAGUAUUCAAAGAAUACCUAUUGCAGCUACAAUAAAAGCAGUUGCUGUGGAGUUUAGAGAUUUAUAUAAAAUUCGAGCACCUCUUGGAGUGUGCGAAGGUUUUGAUUUAUCUAGUUUUGACAAACUUGUUCAGGAAUCAAGUGAUAAAAGUGAUAGUCCUAUAGAUGCACAACCUCUGUGGGAAUAUCCAGCACGAGCUUUGACAUUACCUUUUACUAUAAAUACAUUUGACUUGUCUUCAAAUGUUCAUAAUCAUAAAAGUAUUCAAAUAUCGGAUAACGUUCCUAUUUUGCAAAAUGGAUCAUGCAAUGGGGUUGCAUUGUGGGUUGAGUGGCAAUUAGAUCCCGAGAUAAGCAUAUCUUGUGGGCCCACUGAAGAAAUAGUACCCGGUGAGAGAAUAUCAUGGGAUAGAUUUACAAGACAAGGUGUGCAUAUCUUUCGAAAUAUUAAAGAUGUUUCAUGUACAGAUAAACUGUCAUGGUCCUUUAGUUUUGUACCGAAAAACGGAAGUAUAGAGUUCAAAUUUAAGGUAAAUACACCAAAAAAAAAUAAGAAUGGUUAACACUGAUAAUGAUUAUCUUAAUUGAAAAUAUUAAAUAAAAAUAAAUAUUAUUUUAUGCCAUUUGCAUACUUA